AUGCUGGCCACCUCGCAGCAGCAGCAACGGGAGGUGGACAAGGAGCUGCGAGGCAACAUCCGGGGACUGCUGAGCCGUGCCAAGCAUGACAAGCACAACCUGGUCAGCGUGGAAAACAACCGCAUCGUGGAGAUCGUGCAGGAGUCCAACCAGUAUGUGGAGCAGGUCACGCGGCCCCGUGACCAGGCGGUUGACGCCGAGCUGUUCAGCUUUGUCACCGAGGCGGGGCUGGAGUAUGUCAGCCGGCUGCACCAGGGCGGCCUCAGCUACACCGCCGGCGACUUCAUCCGCCGCCUCAAGGCGCGGCACGUGGCCGACACGGAUGCGCAGGUGGCGGGGGCCGAGGACCCAGAGGCCUUCCACUGGGCGGAGCUGGGCCAGCUGCCGGGCGUGGCGGUGCUGUUUCGCAGCGUGCCUGUCGUGCACCACAUGCUGGGUCCCAUGGACGCGGCGCCACGUCAGCGCCGCCAGGUGCAGCGCCAGGCCAGGCGCAAGGCGCCUGUGGGCGAGGCAGUGCGGCCCGAGGAGGUGGAGGACCUGGAGGAUGCGGAGAAGCAGGAGACAGACCGCAACAUGGAGGACAUGUGGAAUGUGCUGCGCAAGCACGGCGGCAGGCGCGUCUGGAACCAGGCGCUGUCGCUGCUGGAUCUGGUCAUCAACCACGCCAGCUUUGCCCAGACAGUGGAGAACCUGUUCACGCUUUCCUUCCUGGUGCGGGACAACAAGGUUUCGCUGGAGGAGAGCGAGGAGGAGGGCAUGGCGGUGGUGCAGCGUGCGGCCGUCAAGGCAGACCCAAAGGACAAGAGCCACGAGGCUGAGCGCAUGCAGUUUGUGAUCCCACUGGACAUCGAGACCUGGGAGCUGUGGAAGAAGGCCACCGAUGGUAGCAAGCCGCCGAUGAUGAAGCACCGCAAGGAGUGGCGGCAGCACGUGCCGAUGCAGCAGCAGGAGCAGGAACAGCAGCAGGAGGAGCAGCAGCAGGAGGAGCAGGAGGAGGAAGAAGAGGAGCCUGAGCAGCAGCGGCCGGCGCAGCGUCGGCGCAGGUCCCGCGGCCAGGAGCAGCAGGAGCAGCAGCAGGAGCAGCGGCAGGCCAACCAGCAGCAGCGCCAGCAGCAGCAGCCGGCGGUGGUGAAGCAGGAGCCGCGCGCUGCGGCUGCUGCAGGAAGUGAUUCAGACGUCGUGAUAGUGGAACCUGAGGUGAUUGUCCUGGGCACAAGCUCAGAAGAUGCCACGCCGCCGCCGCGCCGGCAGCAGCAGGCACGCCAGGCCCAGCAGACCCAGCAGACGCAGCAGACGCAGCAGACGCAGCAGGCGACGCAGAGCACGCAGCGAGGGUCGGGGCCACGCAUCCCCAAGCGCGGCAGGCGAGCUUAG